AUGGGGGGUCACCGUUACACUUAUUUCUGUCAAUCGGAUCCAAAAAUGAGUAAAUUGGAUAGGUUUAUGAUUUGCCCAAGAUUACUCAACCAUUUUCCCAAAAUAUAUGUGGUGGCUGUUUCACGUGAACCGUCUGAUCACUGCCCAAUUAUUUUGCAAUCGGUGACCGAGGACUUUGGCAAAACCCCGUUCAGAUUCUUCAAUUCCCGGAUGAACAAGGAUGGAUUCGGUCAGGUGGUAACCAAAGCUUGGGAAUCUUUCGUUGGGUACGGGACGCAUGACAGAUACCUAGCUGCAAAACUCAAAUUCUUUAAAAAUGAAAUCAAAAAAUGGAGAGUUGUUGAUUAUCCAAAUGAGGUAAAAGAAUUACAUACACUAAAACUCAAGUUACAGGAGUUGGAUGUAGCAUAUGAAUCCCGUGAAUUGUAUGAAUCGGAGAUUGAGGAAAGGAGAGUGAUGUUUCAAAAGAUAGUUGAACAUGAAAAGAUCGUUGCACUUGAUGCAAAACAAAAGGCAAUGAUAAGAUGGGCAAUUAACGGAGAUGAGAACACAAGUUUCUUCCACUCUUUUGUUAAUAUCAAACAACAGAAAAAUCAUAUUCAUGGGUUGGUUAUAAACGGUGAGUGGAACACAAAUGCAUAUACAAUAAAACAGGAGAUACAUAGAUUUUUUCGAAUGAAGUUCCAGGAGAAUUGGCCUACUAGACCAAGAUUGAUUAAUUAA